UUAGUCCAAAUCAUCCGAUUUACGAAAUGGUCGAACGCUUUGGACUUUUGCAACAUAAAAGACCUGAUGAAUCUUGUAAUUAGUGUUCAGGAAAGCGCCUGUAGGAGGCCGGUCGUUCUUCAGUGUCGUGACGGAUACAGUCAGAGUGGAUUGUUUACGGUUCUAUGGUGCCUCGUGGAGCGAUGUCAACGGGAUGGGGAGGUGGCGGUGGCAGAAACAGUGAAGAUGAUCAGAAGACGGAGAAAACAAGUCCUAACUAACGAGGCACAAUAUCGGUUCUGCCAUCAGUUCAUGAAAGAGUAUAUCGAGGGCAGCCUGGUAUAUGUAUAUGAACAGAUUAAACUUCCUUGAAUGAUUUUUUUAGGAAGAUUUUAUUGACUGAAUCAUAUGAGGAACAUAUCGUUUAUCUGCGUGAAAAGCAAGACAUGUAUUUGAAGAUGUUUAAUAUCCUUGUGUUGUGUGCACAUUACAUUAUUUCAUAUGCAUACAUUUAUUACAGAAACUAACAUGACUCCACGUGCAAAUAGUUGAAUCUUAAAAUAUAAUGUAUAGUUUUACAGUUGACAAAUGCUUUCUCUCUUAUCUGUUUUCAUACUUUUUGGUCAACCUUAUUGCGCAGCAUGUAUGUAGAGUUUAUGUCAUUAAAUAUUUAACCCAAAGUCAGCAUACGAUGAUGCUUUUCUUACAGAGAAUAAAUUUACAUGUAGGUGGAUG